CAUCGACUCUUAUUGACGGGGGAUCGAUCCGUCCGUCCGUAUAAAUGCUUCAGAUCGACGAUCGUUUGGGUCCCUGACGACGACGAGCAGUCAAUCCCGGUCGAGAAUGGCGAUACGCGCCGGCAUUCUCUUACUGACACUGUUGGUAUUGCGCAGCGUCCAGGGUGCUCCACUUCCGCAAACAGGUGCAGGGGAAGCAGCUGUUGAAGUCUCCUCGUCACUGCUCAUACUGUCUGGGUGCAGCUUAGUUUUCCUCAUCAUCCUGCUCGUGAACUGUGCAUCCUGCUGUAAACAGGCAGAAAUAAAUUUCAAGGAAUUUGAAGAUGAUAAUCUUGAUGAAGAAAAUGAUUUCAUACCACCAGCAGAAGACACUCCUUCACCUCCAGCACCCACUGAAGUUUACACACUUAGAGUUCCAAAUAUUGUACUUUCUACUCCAACACAGCUUCAGUCAUCUAAGACGCAAGGAGUAUCCAAAGCAUCUCUUGCACGUCAUCGUCUUAGCUACAUCCAAGAAAUUGGAAAUGGCUGGUUUGGUAAGGUUCUUCUUGGAGAAAUCUACGAGGAUGCCAGUUUAGCCAGAGUGAUUAUUAAAGAACUGAAAGCGAAUGCAAGCUCAGCAGAGCACCGUCGAUUCCUUAAAAAUGGAGAAGCUUACAGGGUUUUGCAGCACCCAAAUGUCCUUCACUGCUUGGGACAAUGUGUGGAUGCUGUUCCUUAUCUGUUGGUGUUUGAAUUUUGUCAGCUGGGUGACAUAAAAGGCUACCUGCAUAGCCAACAGCAGGAGCAAAGCCCCCAUGGUUCAGAGCUGCUACAGAGGAUGGCCUGUGAGAUUACUGCUGGACUCGCUCACCUGCACAAGCACAGUUUUGUACACGGUGACCUAGCAUUACGGAACUGUUUUCUCACGACAGACUUGACGGUAAAAAUCGGUGAUUAUGGGAUAGGAUUCAGCCGGUACAGGGAGGAUUAUAUUGUGAGUAAUGAUGGUCAAUAUAUUCCUCUGCGUUGGAUUUCACCUGAGCUUGUAGGUGACGUCUAUGGGAGCAUGGUAGUAGCCGAACAGACAAGACACAGCAAUAUUUGGUCGCUGGGUGUUGUGUUGUGGGAGUUAUUUGAGAGUGCCAACCAGCCCUACGCGCACCUUUCCGACAAAGAGGUGCUAAUCUUCGUUAUAAAGGAACAGCAAAUUAAGCUCCCCAAGCCGCGGCUGGAGUUGACUCACUCUGACAGAUGGUAUGAAGUCCUGCAGUUCUGUUGGCUAGCUCCAGAAAAGAGACCAACUGCUGAGGAGAUCCACAGGCUGCUAACUUACCUCCGCAUGCAAAGUCAAAAGGAAUGUGAAGAUGACUUUGAAAUAAGAUGGAAUGCACUGAAGUCCAGCAAUAGCAAUCGGCAAGCUAUGGCAAAUAAUUCAUCUUUUCCAAUCCUGGAACAUUUUGUUGCUGAGCAACUGAACCAGGAAAUGGAUGAUAUCCUCACAGUUACUGAAACAAGUAAAGGACUAAAUUUUGAGUAUGUAUGGGAAACUGCUAAGCUUGACCAUUUUGAAGACCACGUGCAGGGAACUGAUGGAGCAAAGGUAAACUAUCAGAGCAUCUUCUAUCCCACAGGUGCUUUUGAGAAAAGCAGUUUCUCAGUAAUUCACACUCAUUCAGACAAUAAACUGGCUAGAAAGGAGGCUGAUGGAAGUCCACUUGCUGUAUCGGGGAUUGUUCCAGUAUUCAAUGCCCAUUAUCCUUCAGUUGGAAGUGAAUAUUAUAUACAGCUGGAGGAACAAGAUGAAACUAACUUGGAUGCUGAUGAAAAUUCAGAUUAUCCCAUCGAAGGAGUCCCUCAGGCCAAGGACCCUGAGUCCUUUGUUAUCCUCAGAGACUCAGGGGACGAGUUGAGUACAGAUGUAGAUUUCUUCCCAAGCUACAAUCAAAACUUGCAAAAAUCUGAAGUAACUGAGGUGAUGCUUGGUUCCUAUGCCUCUAGCUCUACUGAGAGUCCUCGCCACAAUAAUAUCUUUUAUGACCAUAGGUUAGGCGAAAUGCCUUUUAACAAAGGAUUUUUAAACACAGAUGCGAUCAUAAUGCUUGACCUCCCUGAACUUAGUGAGACUAAAAGGAAAAGUGCAUCUGGUCUAGUUUCAAGUAAAGAAACUCCCAUGGAGUCCUUAAUUCAUCAACCUUCACUUGAUGUAAGCACUUCUAGCCCCUUUUUGAAAGAAAGAACAGAUACAGUUUAUGCAGAAAGCAUCAAUAAUCAUGACAGUUUGGGAUUACUCCAAUCUGAACAAUUAACUUCUAAUUAUCUUUUUCUUAAAGAAAAUAAACUUCUACAUGACUCUUCACCCAAAGGUGAUGUCAGAAAUGAGGUGAAAGUUGAACAUGCUAUGAAUAAUUUGGCCACUUUAUCGGAUAUUAAUGUUGCCUCUGCAUCGCACAUCACUGCUGACAGUGCAAUAGACAUGGGGUUAACCAAUCAAAUUAAGCAAUUGUAUGGUUCUCAACAGCAUGGAACCGCAGGCAGUCUUACUAAAGAAGUUAGUUCACAGAGUGGAUCUUUGCAGCCUCUGAUAGAAAAUAAACGGGCGCUCUGCAUUUUCUUAGAAGAGGGUAAAGCCACUUGUGAAGAACAGCAAGUUAACCAGGAGUUGGAUGAAGGAUGUAUAAUACACGAUAGCUCAGGGUUAGGAUGUGACACUACUGAUGGCUGCAUUUCCAAAUGCGAUAUCACUUUGCCUCAAGAACACUGCCAAAAGACUGCUCAGUGCAGUGAAAGUGCUGCUGCUAGCACGUGCAAUAAUGCCAAAAAGCACCUAGUUACAGGAGAUGUAACCCCUAGAACGGCGGAAGAAAAUUCAGCUGAUGUCACCAUACCAGAGUUGACAAAGCACAUGGAAGCAGCAGAUGACCCUGUUGCUCUAACUCAUAGUCUUUGUGCCCUCACUCCGAAUGAAGACAACUUAAAACAGCUUGUGCAAGACAUCAACAAAAUGCCAGCUGUACAUUCGCAGCCUGAGCCCACGUUGGAAACAUUAGAAGCUGGCCCCCGUUCUGAAGCUCUGAGUCUUUAUGAAAGCGUAGAAUUAUUAUCUUCAGUUCAUUGUGUUCGCUCUCCAACAGAGAUUCGCAAAACACUAGACACUGUUCAUCUAUCUGAAGUCUCCAGUGGAUCCAAAAAUAUCGAACUGUUAGCCUCCAUUCCUUCAGGACACACAUCAGUAGGGGCUUUGAAAACACUGGAGACUAGUGAUGUACCUGAAUCUUCAAUCAAUAGUUUUGCAAAUACUGAAUCUAUGGUUUCCGUGCCUUCCUCAGAUUUAUCAAAUCACAUUAGCCCUGUGGAAGAAGAUAGUGCAUCUUUCUUGCACCUUAAUUCAGAACAGUCUUCAGAAACACCAGAUUCUUUGGACUCGCUAGAGAUGCAUGGGGUGUUGGGGGCUUUAGAAACACCAAGUACAGUUUCUCAGAAGUUAAAGCCACCUCAGAAACAACCUGACAGUGGCUAUGAAACUGAAAAUCUGGAAUCACCAGAAUGGACGUCGCAGUGCUACAAUGCAGGCACGUCUCCCACCUCAGCUGCCCUGGAUGUUCCCAGUGAUGAGUUUCCUAAGGUUUGCCCCUCAAAUCCACUCAUUGUCAUAUCCAAGGAGGAUGCUAUUCCAGCUUUGGAUAUCAUGGAUGGGGACACUCCCAAAGAGGCCUCAAACACAUUAACUAAUGGUCACCAGAAUUCCCAUAGAGACUCUGCUUAUUUCUCAGAUAAUGAUUCUGAACCAGAUAAAAAAGCUGACUGUGAGAAUGCUGGGAGGAGGAAUGAAGAAAGUGAUCUUAAAAAUGCUACUGGUUGUGAAAUUGAUCAGGUUGUUGCUGACGAUGGUGACAAAGUUGCAACACCAUUUGAUAUCCAUGAUGCAUUGUUAAGUACUGCAUCAGAGAAAAGCUUGAAUAUCAAGAAUAAGGAAUCGUUACUUUUUUGCUCAGACCAUGAAGGAGAAUUUCCAAAUAACUUUAAAACGAAAAGCUAUGAUAGAAUUAAUAAAGUAACCAAUGAUAUAAGUUCUGACCAGUGUUUGGAUGACUUGGGUGCAGUUGCCACUGAUGGGUCAGUAUCCAUGCCAGAGGUUUUGUUUAACCCCACAGACUUGAGCACUCAGUUUUCCGAAAAUAUGAAGGAUGACUUUGGAAUAAUUGUUGAGAAGGAUAUAAAGAAGCCAUUGUCAAAGGGUAAUGAAGGAACCAGACUGAAGGAACCUGAUGUUGAAGGACGCUACCUUGGCAGGCUAGACACAUCUGAAUUCUUUGACCUAUCUGAGGAACAAGAUGGCAUGGAGGCUGAUGAAGAGGAUGAAAACAGUGAUGAUUCAGAGGAUGACUACAGAGGUUAUUCUAUUAAUAGCCCCAGUUCAGAGAGUGAAGAUGAUGCAGCACAUCCAGUGCCAAUAGUUGUGACUGAGAAUGAUGAUGGAAAAGCUCUCAAAAGUUUGUUGAAAGACUCAGGACCCAGAGCCACUGAUCCUUUAAAAGCAGACCUGAGAAAGAGACGAGUGAAGAUGGUGUCAUUUUUUGAUGAUGUCACAGUUUUUCUGUUUGACCAGGAGACCCCUACCAAAGAACUGGGAGAACAUUCAGCAGCAGAAAACAGUCAGGUUUCUGAUGGUGGCAGCCCCAUUGCAACAACUGGCUCCCAUUUUUCAAACAGGUUCUCAAACUCUGAGAGCUCCACUGAUGAAGAAGGCGGUGGUUUUGAAUGGGAAGAUGAUUUCUCCGUGUCCUCUUCCGAGUCAUCGUUUAUCACUCAAACGUCAAAUCGCCUUGCUUCCUUAAAACAGUCUCCUCCCUCCUCGAGGUACUUUUCCCCUCCACCAUCCUCCAGGGCCUUGGGGCAAAAGUGGACAGAUACAUCAUCGUCAUAUUCUCGUUUUUCUAUCUCUCCGUCCAGCAUUGCCAGUUUCUCUCUUACUCAUCUCACUGAUUCAGAUAUCGAACAAGGAGGAAGCAGUGAAGAUGGUGAAAAGGAUUGAAACACAACGUGGAAAGAAGAGUGCAUUGAUUUUCAAUUUUUUUAAUGGUCAGACAAUUUGACAGAUCAAGCCAUUUCAGAUUUAAAAUAAGAUGGAUGAAUCACCAAAUCCUCUUCUAAGAAAAUGAAAUGUGUCAGUUCACAAAAAGGUAUAAAAUGUUUCAAUAAUUCUGUAAGGUAUAUUAAAGAUAUUGCAUCCUUGUAAGGCAGUAGUCAGUGUCACAUCAAGGCAGGUUAAGAGAAGUCUGGGGAAAAAACCUUGAGGCUGUCAUGGACACAACACUUGUCAGUCUGCUGUUGAAUUCCUUACAGCUUUAUAUAUGAUUUCAAUUUGGCAGAACAUAGGAUUGUUAGUUGUUCGAUAAUAUUUAUGUUCCCUUUAAAAUACUGUAAUGAAGAGUUUAAAAAAAAUCUGCAAUUUUCUGUAAAAUGUGUUAUAACCAGUAAAUGCUUGCUUUUUUCAGAGGUAAGAGAGAGAGUAAAUGAUAAACUAGAUGUCAUUCUUUACCUCCUAAAAGGUGUAUUGGAGUUUAAAAGGAGGUUUUGUUCCAGAAUCUGCAUUAUGCUAUUCAUGUAAAAUGCAUCCAGUGAUUUUAUAGUACUCUGGUUUUGUCGUUGAGCUCUCUAUCACCUCCAUUUCAGAUAUUGCUGUCUAGUGUGGCAGUCUUAGAUUCCAGUAAGAAUAUGGAUGGGAUGCCUAAAACAUUGCUUUAUGAUUGUCAUUUUCAGAUGCAUACUUUUAGCAGCAUGAAUAUUUCAUAUGCUUUUUGAUAACCGUACCUAUUCUCUUAAGACUGACCACAAUAUAUAUAUAUAUAUAUAUAUACACAGCAAUAAUGAAGUUUGCAAAGGGUUGCAGUCAGCCAGCCAACAACUGUCUGAAAUCAAUGUCACUGCUGAAUUCUUCUUACAUUUUGAACACUACAAAUGACGCAAUUGGUUUUGAAACAAACAUCCCACAGCUGUGUGUACUAACCAUUUCUAUAGGCAAGCCUUCAGAAAUUGAAGAAACUCAAAUAUUUUUAGGGAUGUAUCUUUACAUUGUAGCAAUUGAAUGUAUAUACAGUAAGUAUAAGUUAUACCUUUCUAAAAUUCAAACAUUGUUUUAAAAUUCUGAGUGCUCCUAUUUGCCCUGAGGCUCAUGUGAGUGGGGUUUUCGCAAUUUUAUUUUGUUGUAAGUCACUGGUAUCCAUAUUGCAGGCAAGACGGCCAGCUAUGGCCCAUCUUCCCUAGCCGGUGGCUUUCAGCAGAUGGUAAUGUUCCGUGUGUCUGCACCCUUAUCCACAUUCCACCAAUUCUAUGAUGUUGGUGUUUGUAUAUUAAAAAAGCUAUUGAGACUGAGUAAUGGUGUCGUAAGUAGUGUAACCAUUAGUGACUAAAUGUUGUGCUAAGCGUGGCGUACAUAUAGCAAAAUAGUUACACAAGUAUGGCACAAGGUAACAAACUGGGUUGGGUAAAUCAAUAGUGCUUCAGGUACAGUGUUGACUUUAGAAGAGUGAACAUUCGAGAAGAGUAGAAAAGGUCUGACUGUCCCAAUAGAGCGAUGAAUGCCCGUUUAGUGGGUGGAGUCCCAGCUUUACUUCAAACAGAAAUUGAUUAAAUUUGCCCCUUCUGUAAACAAAAUCAGACAGAACUACUAUAGAUUAAUUUUUGACCAGAUAGAUUUAGAGAUUACAACAGGAAAAAUCAGCUAAGUUUCCUGUUAAUUGUUAAAAUGUGUUUCCUGUUGACUGAUGAGAAACAGUUUUGAUGGUCACAAGGAAUAGUUUGUGUCCAGAAUGAAAAACUGUAUUGGAAUUGUGAACGGGUAAAAUAUUUAUUAUUCUAUUUCUCCUCCAAUUUUAUUUCCUUCCUUUUCCUAUGGUGAAGAUGUAAAGCUGUGCUAGUAGUGUCCUGCCAUUAUUACCUCUCCCAGGUUGGCCGUGUGAAUGGUAAGCAUUGGAAGUCAUUCACUGAGGGAUCCACCACAGUCGACCCUGCCCUUUCCUCAGUAUUCAGGCAUGCACACAUGCACUUCCAGCUGGGGGUUACUGACUAAUGAUUAGAAGUUCUUUUGCUGCAGUCCUUACUGCAGUCCACUUCUGCUGUUGGUAGCUGUGUGCCAACUGCUGCUGCAGUCAGCAAACCCAGGGGAUAUGCUACAGGUCAAAUCUGCAUCCUUGUGGGUUUCAACACAGCAAUCAUGUAUUUUUAUAGCAGUACGGAUCCAUUCAGUGUUUCUCCUUCUCUAAUUCUCCAUCCCUGCUCCCUGGGAAUGUAACAAACUACCUAGCCUUGUGGGAUACCACCACAGAGAAGAAAGCACUUUUUUUUAAACUGGAACGCUCCCAUCUUCCGGAAGUCUAGUGUCUUGUAAAAAUGGAACAAGAGCCUGCUGUCAGAGAGUGUGAGGUGUAAGAAGAAUGAGGAAUCCAAUUGCACCUUCUAUUGAAUGAUUUCAGAGCAGGGAGGUUAGAAUUUUCAGGGCAUUGAGCUGAAUGUAGGUUUUGACCUCAAGUAAGCCUUGCUGUCAUGAGAAAUCAGCCUGAGGCAUUGAUGCUGAAAUCUCCUUCUGCCUGGUCUUAUGGCUAUCAUUGAUUUUUUAGCAAAUAUUUCCUCAUCUGAGCGAUUUACCACUGAAAGCUGUGUUUGUUUCUGAAUGUCAGUGGAACAGUAGCCAGCAAAGGCAUGCUAGCAGGGAAAAUAAUGAGUGAAGAUAGUUGAGCCAGGGACCAUGAGCAUCUUCAAGACCACGAAUUAUGAAGUUAUCAAGGUUGCUAUUUCACUUUUAACAUCCUUAUUUGGGAAUUGAUAGCUGUGGAGUUCAUGGUGAUAAGGAAAUGUCUCAGAAGUGUGCCUCAGUGUCUCCGCUUUAAUCCCUCAUAAUACGAAGAGGGUACCUGUUCAGAUUUCCUGUGACAGGAUCCACUUAGGAUUACCUGAUGGAUGGACUGUCCACUGGCGCAUCAGAUUAUUCAUAGAUUUGCACUGCUUUGGAGCCAAGGAGCUAUUUCAUCUAACGACAAACUCAAUUGUUGAAUUUGCAAUUUAGUACAUAAGGGAAGUUAAGAACUUGCUUGGAAGACUUGAAUCAGAGAAAGUGCUUACAAAUCUUUUUCAGUAUCAAAGUGGACUUGAACUGCAGUGAGUUGCAGUCCUGGUCUGUCAGUACUUUUUAUGGCCCAAUUUUUGCCAUGGAAUUGGAAAAUGACAGCAUUUGCAGUGGAAAUUCUAAUAAUCUGAGAAGGCCUUUGGUCCCCAAAAUUCAAUUUCUGAGGCCUUUCUGGGCAAUGCUGGUAGGAUCUGUAAAACCAGAAAUUAAUCCAGUGAAAGACACAGUGAAACAGUUUUUGCACAGGGCUCCUCACAACUGAAACAAGCCAAGGGCUUCAAACACCAUCAAGACAUUUUGUAGAAUCCAUAAAAAAGUCAUAUAAAAUCAUGUAAAGAAGGCUGCUGUUCGUUUGCAAAAGCAUCAGUGACAGAUGCAGGACUGAAAAUUGUCCUGUAGAAGUGGUUUUCUAGAAAGUAGGUUAGACAAAUUAUAUUUGGCCCAGAAACUUCAUCAAAUGUGCAGACUUCCCUGUGAUAUCUAUUUGGAUUGACUAGUUCGCUCAUAAUAUAUGUGGGUGAUAAUAAAGAGCAAGUGCAUGCGUUUUGCCUGAACUGUUACAGUUAUUUGACUGGACAGCUGCUUCUAUCUAAAUUGAACAAUAUGGAAAUGGCCAUGGCAUCAUUUUAUCUGAUGGGAUGAUUCACCAGGCCCUGACUCUCUGAAAUGAAAAUCAUUGCAAGUGCUGCAACUUCUCACCCAAGCUUACGAGAAUUUAUUGAUUUAGUGUAUUCACCAACUCCACUAAUUGGUAGUGAACACUGUCAGACAGAAUUAGUAAAUAAAAGAAAUUGGAGGCAUUACAUCAAGGGAAACUGGAAUUUGAAUUUAGUCUUUUAAUUAGUGGUAAAGUUAUUGCAAGUUCUCCAGAUCCUACUGCUGAAUUUUCAAUGAUGAAAUCUAUAGGAUUUUCCUCCCUGAUUUGACCAGAUCAGAGGAUAAGGAGAGUGGAUGACCCCUUAAAAUGUCAGCUCUAAAGAGAUAUAAUUUUCAACUUCAGUACCGUUAAGCCCUGAGCAGUCCAGUUCAGUGACUGAUGGUACAUAGGUGUCAUGGACAAUGGAGCAGCAAAAGAUUUGAAGAAGUUAGCAUUUUAUAUGUGGAAUGUCCACGUGUUCAUUAAAUUUUAAAGUAAUAUUUAAAAGAAGUCUAUGAAUUGUGAAAUUGUUCCACCUCAUCAGUAUUGCUGCUCCUUUUCUUCAGCUACCUGUCAGGGAACAGUUGCUGGAGUUAUGAAUUCCAGUCAAACAGUAUCCUGUUAAUACAGCUUGGGGAGUUGGAGUAAGCAGUUCUCUCACCCAGUAGAAAUCUCUAACUUUCACUCAUUUGCAGUGCACCUUUCCUCAUGGGACUGUCCCACACUGUUGAAAUAUUUUAAAAUAUUAAGUUUAAAAAGUGUCUAGGGGCCAUGUACUGGCUGUGACUAGUUAUACUGCAAGUUAGUGCCUCGGCAAAGCAGAAGCCAUGUUGAAAGGGUACUAAAAAUUGCAGCAUAUACUCCUAAGAACAGACCCCGAUGCACAUCAUCUCCUGUCCCGUGUGUUUACCAAGGAAGUCAUAUUUACUAUCUAGAAAUGAUUACCGCAAUCCCUCAAUUGUGUUACAACUUGUAACACUUCAAAAGUUACUGUUUACAUAUUUUAAAUUUAAACACAAAAUAUAGCAUGUUGAUUUUGUACUUGCAUGUGUUUCCAGUACUGUGGGCACUGCCCCCUAGGAUGACCUUGUAAAAAUUAGGAAAGUUUGUUCAUCAGGUGAUGGGAUAAGCAUAACAGCUUUGUAUUGAGAUUGGGUGCAUCGUGGCAUGUGUUGGUCAGGAAUACUUUGUUAGUUCAUUAGUUUGAAAACAGCAUAUGGACUAUAUAUUUGACAGUGAGAGGAACACUUGUUGAAUUUGGAUUAUACUACUAUACCUCAUUUGUACAUGCAUAUAUAUUGUGAUGGAAUACCCCAUUACAUUGCUGAGGUACUAGCCAAAUUCUAACUUUGAAACUGGUAACUUCACCAAUUUCAAAUAGCUGUGCAAUAUCAUAACCUUGAACACAAUUCUUGUUAUCUAACAGCUCAUGACAGCUGCAAACUAUUACUGGAGAAAAAUGUACAAAGCAAAAAGUAUUUUCAUGUUUCUCGUGAAAAGUACACGAUAUAUAUUUUCCAGUGACUCAAAAAUGUGUCUGUUUAUAAACCCAAGUUCUUCACAACCAAAUGUAGAAAUAAUUUAGGGGGAAAAAAACAUUUGGACCUUGGACAGGUAAUGCAAACUCAUCUGUUUUGUAUAAAAAUAUUAGCCCCAGGGGGUCCCCACAAUUUCAUGGAAAUCUAGAGCGCAUUGCCUUAUAAAGGCACAGUUAAGGUGAGGAAUACGCUUAACUCUAUUCUUUAUGCUAAGUAAAAUUAUAACAUUUUUCUUUGUUCCCUCAUAGUGGCAGUCAGUACCCGUUCCAUGCUUAUUUCCAUUGCUAGUCAGUCAGACGGUUAGUUACUUUUUUUGGUGAGAUGCUUAAGUGGCAAAAAAGCAUCGUGCAAGUAGGGAUGAUGUGAUCUUUUUAAUAUUGCCCUCCAUCCAGUGGUGAUAUGGUUAUCAAACAGACCACCACACCAAGCUCUUUGGCAGGCAGAAGAGCUGACAAAUAAGCACUAGUGCAAUGAUUUUUCUUGCUGUGUGUGCAGUAGCUUUAUUUGGUGCCACGCACCAUGAAUUUUAACCUCACUUCCAGGUUCCAGUUACUUUGAGUUGUUCAGAACAGUACAGCUUUUGGGCUGUUUUUGUUUUUUUUUUAAAUAAAUGUUCACUUGGUCCCACCUCCAACAGUACUGAAAGUUUUCAGAAUACAGUGCUGAAGAUGACCAGGAUAAAUUGUUGCUAACAUAUUAAAAUUAAGUGCAAAUAUAGGUUCCAGCAUGCAGAAGGUUUUGCCGUGUUACUGCACACAUCUAAGAUAUUUUCGAUUGAACAAUGCAGUAUGGUCCUUUAUGUGGUCUGACUAAUUCUGUAAACAUGAGCCAUUGGAAUGUGCCUAAAUGAUCAAAAACUGCAUGUUCCUUUAAAAAAUACUUUCCUGCAGGGGUUCAUGCUUGAAAAUUAUUUGUACAUAGUGAAACACUAUCCCCCACCCCAUCCCAUCUCACUUAAAGUCUAAAGUUGUGUAUAUUUUUUUGUCAGCAAUAGCCUGUUCUACAUUAUUUUGGAUCUACUUAAAUCAUUGAUGAAAAUACCAGAUUAUUUUGUUCAAUGUAUUGCUUUACCUUGCACAUUUGAGAAGUGUAACUUAAUGUUUGAUGGUACUGGAUGUAUAUAAGUGUUUAAUUCUGUCUGUAAAUGGGAGAUGAUGUAACAAAGUCAUAGGUACAAGGUUUCCUUUUGUAAUUUAAUAAAAAUAUAUUAUGAAAUUAUUGAUUACAUAUCAGUUAAUGAAAAAAGAAAUCAGGUCACUGUCCAUGAAAUAUGUACAUUUUGAUAUGUAAUAUUUUUAUUUUGAUUUCCAUGCAUAGUGUAAUUCGAUAAAUUGUUUGUAAUUUAAAUGCACUAUGGAUAUUUAAUAUUCAAAAUAAAGUCAAAUGAAUUAAUUUACAUA